AUAAAAACGGAUUAAUGAAGAUAAUAGUUCUGAUAGCAAUAUUAUCAUUAACAUAGAGUUAUAGAACACCACAAUUUGAGACAGGCUCAUAAGUAAUAGUAUAAUAUGCUGGGGGUCAUAUAUUGGAAGCUUAAGCAGGAGUUCCAAGAUAAGUGGUAGUGGACGUAAAAUUCAAGAAAACCUUCGAAGUAGUUCCUUAAGUGUUUAUAUCAGCACAAUUACUUGAUUGGAGUGUUGGUUUACCUCAUGGUUAUCUUGAAAGAGUUAGCGAUAUUACUACAACAGGUAAAAAUGUGAAAUAAUAAAUAAAAAGGAUUUAAAUUAAGUGGAGGUGCAGUAGCACCAUCUCCUGUUUAUUCUUUAUUUGUUGAUUGGUAUGCAAUUUACGAUCCUAGAAUAUCAGUAGUAACUUUCGAAACAACUGACGUUAAAGAAUUAAAGACUGGUUCAGGUGAAAGAAAGAUAUCGUAUACAAUAGAACAUGGAUUAAAAGAAGCAACUAAUGCUAUAGUAGGUUUGAUUGGUUGCAAACAUUUAUUGACAAAUCCAAUAGUAGAAGUUAAAGUAAAGACUUAGAUGUAUUUUAGGUUGAAUAAGUAACUCCAAAAUCAGUUACUGUAUCAGCAAGAACAUAUUGGCAAGCUUAAUUAGAAUAUGUAAGAUUUAAUGUACUUUUGGGUACUGACCAAUCUUUAUGGACAUCUCCUCCAUUUGUAUUCUAUAAUGAUCCUGCAUCAAGUCAUCCAUUUGUUAAAAGAGGACCAAGUGCUGCUGAAGUUUAAUAAACUAUUGAAUUACCUAAAGUAUGGUAAAGUGGUCCAAGAGUUCCUAUUGUUACACUUAGAGGAUAUGAUGUAGAAAGAGCUAGAAAUAUGAGAUUGUAGUAUAAUAAAGUAGUAUUGGAAAAUAAAUUGCAAUAUAAUCUUGUAACUUGUAAUUUUACAUUAAUAUUAUGAUUAUAGGGUGGGAUACUUAAAUUUAUGGAGUCUUCCAUUAAACUGCUGUCUUUGUUGCUGAUACUAAUUUCAAAAUAUUUGACCCUGAUUGUGCUGAACUCUUCUCUGAAUUCAAUUUCAAAGGAGAUUCCAUUACUGUAUGUGAUAGAAUACCAGAUUUACCAGGAUAUGGAUGGUCUAAACCUAUUAAAUCUUUGACUGUUCCUGUUUCCAGAAGAUUAUAUCUUUUUAAUAAAGAGAAGUAUGAGGGUUAGAGAACCUCCUUUAUUUCAAAUUAACCUAUGAUGGAAUCUAUUACCUUUUCAUUUGCAUAACUUCAACCUAUUGAAGAAGAUAAUCAAGUUCUUGCAAGUUAAUGAAUUUAAUAUUAACAUAAUCAAUCA